UUGAAUCUGAAAACCCACCAAGAGAAGCACUAGGAGACGACUAUUAUGACGAUUGUGUUGUAUGGCAUGGACAUAAGUCCUCCUGUACGUUCCUGUCAGCUGGUCCUGCAAGCUCUCAAUUUGCCCUACAAAUAUGAGAAUGUCAAUUUACUCCAGGGUGAGCAUCACACGGAGGCGUAUCUAAAGAAGAACCCCCAGCAUACUGUGCCUCUAUUGGAUGACGAUGGUCUAUGCAUUUGGGACUCGCAUGCCAUUGUGUGCUAUCUGGUGGACAAGUAUGCCGAAUCGGAUGGGCUGUAUCCCAAGGAUCUAGCCAAGCGGGCUCUUGUUAAUCAACGUAUGUUUUUUGAAGCCACCAUCCUGUACAUGGCUUUAAGAAAUAUCAGUGUGCCGUAUUUCUACAAUAACGUUUCGAUAGUGCCGAAAGAGAAAGUUGAUAAUGUCCGAGCUGGUUACGAGCACUUGGAAAAUUUUAUUGCUGAUAAUUCCUAUGUGACAGGUGAUAGUCUUACUGUGGCCGACUUUUGCUGUGCUGCCACAGUAUCUUCUUUGGCAGCUGUCUUAGACUUGGAUCCUCUGAGGUAUCCCAAAACAACGCAAUGGUUGGCACGCAUCUCGGAACUGCCUUACUAUGAGGAGGCUAAUGGUUUGGGGGCCCAAAAGUAUAUCAAAAUAUUGAAGCCAGUAUUGACAACUUAA